AUGGAGCCUUCGAGUCCUCCAUUACAGAUGGACACAGCUGGGUAUUUCAGCCCUGGAGGAUUGUCUGACACCAGCAGUAGUUAUGGCCUCUCAGUUGGGGGUCAAUCUCAAGGUUUGGAUUCUCCAACUGCCCUGAUGGGGUUCUCGGACUCUGGUGAAAAGCUUUUUGCAGACAGUCCCCCAUCUUUAGGAGAUGAUGCUGCCAUGCAGUGUGUUUUGAGGUCUGUCCCCAAGCGGCUCUGCCUGGUCUGUGGAGACACUGCGUCCGGCUACCACUAUGGGGUGGCAUCUUGUGAAGCCUGCAAGGCCUUCUUCAAAAGAACCAUACAAGGUAAGGACCCCUUUUUGGAAUAAUUUAAGGUUUUGGCUUAGGGGGACUUUUCAGGCUAAAAUAUAUACAAAAACGGUAAAUUAAAAAUAGUAUUAAAAAAAAAAAAGAUUCUCAAGUUUAGUAGCUUCUACAGUGAGCUCACACCAAACCAGUGAGUCAACUUUCUACUGCAGAAAGAUAACAGAUGAACUACAACUCCCAGAAAGUAGAAAGUUAAUGUAUAGUGGAAUUUGGAUGGCAUGUAUAUGUCACUUUGUCGGCAUGUGGGCUUAUAGCCACCAUAAAGUCUCAGAUUUGUCUUCUUGGGGACUGAUGCAGUUAUAAGAAUAGUUUUAAAAAAAUCUUUUGCUUUUUAAACAUUUUAGAACGCGCCUAAAGGGUGACACUUUGAUUAAUAGGUCACAGUCACGUAUCUUAUUAGCACACUCCAAACACAGAUUAAACAGGAGGCUGUUGUCAUUAGUGGUUUUUACUUCCUUCGAUGAUGGUAUUUAGGGAAUCAUCAUGUUAAGACAUGAAUAUUAAAAGAUUAUUGAGUAACGUGGCAACUUGUCUACAUGGACAUCUUGGCUGAAGCCAUGGGCCUCGUCCCUCUGAUAGCCGCAGGAGCACAAUAUGGAGUGACAGCCGGUGAUGUAAAGGCCAGAGGUUAUAGCCACAUAAUUAAAUCUUCAUUGAUUAGUCUUUAUAACACAGUCUGUAAAGAGGAAUCUCCCUGUUUGUUCUGCUCCGAGCAGUCUGGCUACAAUGUCUCUCACUGUGCCACAUAAACGAUUAUUAAACAUUGGUCAGCAGGACAUCGGGGUGCCAAGGAUUGUGUAGGGGACCAGUGCUGGGCUGUGGUGACAGGUCAAAGUGUUUUCGAGAUGAGAGAAGGCUUGGUGUGAUUGAUGUGGUAGGAAGUGAUGUUACCUGGUGAUUUGAUGGUAGUGAAGAGCUAUGUGUCUCUAAAUAGAGGUUACACAUAGUGGUAGUUGAGGGUUAUGUGUCAGGAAUUGGGAGUAUGUGAUUUACUGGGGUUACGUGGUAGUAGUUGAGAGCUAUAUGUGAUUUACUGGGGUUACGUGGUAGUAGUUGAGAGCUAUAUGUGAUUUACUGGGGUUACGUGGUAGUAGUUGAGAGCUAUAUGUGAUUUACUGGGGUUACGUGGUAGUAGUUGAGGGCUAUAUUUGAGUUGCUGGGGUUACGUGGUAGUAGUUGAGGGCUAUAUGUGUUACAUGGGGUUACGUGGUAGUAGUUGAGGGCUAUAUGUGUUACGUGGGGUUACGUGUUAGUAUUUGAAGGCUAUAUGUGUUACGUGGGGUUACGUGGUAGUAGUUGAGCGCUAUAUGUGUUACGUGUGGUUACGUGGUAGUAGUUGAGGGCUAUAUGUGUUACUUGGGGUUACGUGGUAGUAGUUGAGGGCUAUAUGUGUUACGUGGGGUUACAUGGUAGUAGUUGAGGGCUAUAUGUGAGUUACUGGGGUUACGUGGUAGUAGUUGAGGGCUAUAUGUGUUACGUGUGGUUACGUGGUAGUAGUUGAGCGCUAUAUGUGAGUUACUGGGGUUACGUGGUAGUAGUUGAGGGCUAUAUGUGUUACGUGGGGUUACGUGGUAGUAGUUGAGGGCUAUAUGUGUUAUGUGGGGUUACAUGGUAGUAGUUGAGGGCUAUAUGUGAGUAACUGGGGUUACGUGGUAGUAGUUGAGGGCUAUAUGUGUUACGUGGGGUUACGUGGUAGUAGUUCAGGGCUAUAUGUGAGUUACUGGGGUUAUGUGGUAGUAGUUGAGGGCAAUGUGUGAGUUACUGGGGUUACGUGGUAGUAGUUGAGGGCUGUGUGUGAGUUACUGGGGUUACGUGGUAGUAGUUGAGAGCUAUAUGUGAUUUACUGGGGUUACGUGGUAGUAGUUGAGGGCUAUAUUUGAGUUGCUGGGGUUACGUGGUAGUAGUUGAGGGCUAUAUGUGUUACAUGGGGUUACGUGGUAGUAGUUGAGGGCUAUAUGUGUUACGUGGGGUUACGUGUUAGUAUUUGAAGGCUAUAUGUGUUACGUGGGGUUACGUGGUAGUAGUUGAGCGCUAUAUGUGUUACGUGUGGUUACGUGGUAGUAGUUGAGGGCUAUAUGUGUUACUUGGGGUUACGUGGUAGUAGUUGAGGGCUAUAUGUGUUACGUGGGGUUACAUGGUAGUAGUUGAGGGCUAUAUGUGAGUUACUGGGGUUACGUGGUAGUAGUUGAGGGCUAUGUGUGAGUUACUGGGGUUACGUGGUAGUAGUUGAGAGCUAUGUGUGAGUUACUGGGGUUACGUGGUAGUAGUUGAGGGCUAUAUGAGUUACUGGGGUUCUGUGGUAGUAGUUGAGGGCUAUAUGUGUUACUGGGGUUCUGUGGUAGUAGUUGAGGGCUAUAUGUGUUACGUGGGGUUACGUGGUAGUAGUUGAGGGCUAUGUGUGAGUUACUGGGGUUACGUGGUAGUAGUUGAGGGCUGUGUGUGAGUUACUGGGGUUCAGUGGUAGUAGUUGAGGGCUAUAUGUGUUACGUGGGGUUACGUGGUAGUAGUUGAGGGCUAUGUGUGAGUUACUGGGGUUCCGUGGUAGUAGUUGAGGGCUAUAUGAGUUACUGAGGUUACGUGGUAGUAGUUGAGGGCUAUGUGUGAGUUACAGGGGUUACGUGGUAGUAGUUGAGGGCUAUGUUUGAGUUACUGGGGUUACGUGGUAGUAGUUGAGGGCUAUGUGUGAGUUACUGGGGUUACGUGGUAGUAGUUGAGGGCUAUAUGAGUUACUGAGGUUACGUGGUAGUAGUUGAGGGCUAUGUGUGAGUUACUGGGGUUACGUGGUAGUAGUUGAGAGCUAUGUGUGAGUUACUGAGGUUACGUGGUAGUAGUUGAGGGCUAUGUGUGAGUUACUGGGGUUACGUGGUAGUAGUUGAGGGCUAUGUGUGAGUUACUGGGGUUACGUGGUAGUAGUUGAGGGCUAUAUGAGUUACUGGGGUUCUGUGGUAGUAGUUGAGGGCUAUAUGUGUUACGUGGGGUUACGUGGUAGUAGUUGAGGGCUAUGUGUGAGUUACUGGGGUUACGUGGUAGUAGUUGAGGGCUGUGUGUGAGUUACUGGGGUUCAGUGGUAGUAGUUGAGGGCUAUAUGUGUUACGUGGGGUUACGUGGCAGUAGUUGAGGGCUAUGUGUGAGUUACUGGGGUUACGUGGUAGUAGUUGAGGGUAGUAGUUGUCAGGAAGUUGUGAAGUACGAGGCAAUGAGAGUUACAUUGCAGGAGAUAAAGUUUAGUUGUGCAGGAGUUACCCACACUCUCCCAGUUUAUAAUUGCUGUUUUGUUUUUGUUUUGCACGAUCAGACAGCCUGAAUUGGGAGGCAUACUGUGGGUGCCGGGGAGCGCCUCUCUUUUUGUCAAACUGCUCGAAAAUGGUUUAAGAAAACAAGCUGGAGAUGGCGCACAGAGAUUUCUAUCACCACAACCCCAAUACUGAGCUGUGAGGGUGCUGCUUAGAGAGACCCUUUACGUUUGUAUUAGAAUAUUACAAUGGAUAAUGUGAGCUGGCUUUCUAUCCUUCCUCCGAUGUUGUAAGGAACAUCAUGAAUAGUUUAAUAUGUCUCCCACCCCCCACCCCCCUCCAGCCCCCUAUCCUUCACAGUCCCCAUCACUCCCAGGGUGAGAGCCACUUAUAGAUCUGUGUAUUAGGGAGAGCGAGGGCUGCAAAUUGGUUGAACAAUCCCAUUGAUCUGCGUGUGAAAACUCAAUGUGCCCAUUGAACACACAUCACAAGACACCUCUCUGAUCCUCCGCGGCACCUCUUAACCCCUUACAUGCCACCACAAAUCAUCUGUAUUGGCAACUGCAGGGUCUAUAGUGGCAACAGGCUCAGAUUUACUCCUACGCCGUCACAAAACGAUGAAUUAACCAACAAAUCACCAGAAUUUGGACCAAUAUUUUUACUUUAUUUAAUAGUUAAUCACAAUUUACUGACAGUAAAUAAAUCCUCUGUUGGAAAAAUUGGCUGGAAAGAGUGGGACGUUUUAUAUUGUACAUAAAUUAAAAAGGAAAUGAAGAUACUUGCGCACUAUCCCAAAUCCCUAUGCACAUUUUUAGUAUCACUCCAAUGGCCAUUAAAGUGUAAUUUCACCUGCCAUCUUUUUAUUCUAAGAUUGGGGCUGAUGUGUACGAUAGUCAUUGGUGCCGCCCAUGAGUAGUGGGAGUCUAAGGUCCACUAUAAAAGGCAUGAGGCAAAAGCACUGGCUUGUUUAUGUAUCUGUAGAUAAAGGUGUGUAAUCUGCGUAUUGAUGACAAUACAGGCGCCAUGAUUGGAUGAAGUUAUCUGUAAGUAUUUUAUACGCAUGUACAGAGUGCGUUAUAAAGAUGGUUAAUAGCAGAUUAUCAAUAGACAGAUACAGAGAGUUCCCUGGUGACUCUACAAGCCAACGAGACAAUGGUCACAUAGACAGCUCGCUACAUACAGGUACCACAGUGUAGACAAAAUCAGAGACUUCAGCUACAGAAAAAUAUUUUGUAAACCUGUGACAAUAAUCAUGAAAUAUGCUGAUGAAUACUCACAACUGUAAUAUACUAAAAUAUUUCUUGAAAAACGUAAACAGAAAAUCUGCAUUUUGCCCCCAAAAUCAAGGUCUUUAAAUAUUCACGUGAAUUUACUACCCUUUUUUAAUCCUUUUAUUUUUUUUCCUUUGCUAUGUCUAGAGUGAACCUGUACAGCUUCUAUUUUUAGGAAAAUGUAUCUUUUAAUCAUGAUAAAUAAAAAAUAAUAAAUGCUUAAUUGCGUACACACAGGAGAAAGUUAAAUUAAUAGUAAAUAGUAACAUCUCAAAAUUCAGCUCCCAAGAUCCGUAACUCCGCUUCGAGACGUCUGACAGUAAUCCACGGAGAAUCACAAAUUACCCCCAAACUAUUCAGCACCUCGCUAACAGGUACAUCUAGGGAUUCAUUAUCUAAACACCGAAUUGUAGCAAAUGGAAAUCGUAACAUUAAGCUGAAUCGGUCAGGCUGUGACUAUAGCGAGUUGGAGAAUUUACCUAUAUCGUCUGUUACAUUUUUCCACCCGUGUUUUCCUCCAGUUCGGAGUUUAGUGAUGUUGCAUCCAUUUUUUCACUUUUAGCAAUGAUAAGAACAGAAAGCGAAAUAUAAGUUUUUUUUUUUUUUUCGGCAGACAGUAAGUUAAUGAAACUGGCAGUUCGUUUCCCAAAUUUUUGCAAUUUGGAAUUUUUGCAAGUUUGUUGUCAAACUGUUUGGUGAAUAACUGCCCCAGGUAUUAAACCAAAUGGUUCUAAAUCUUUAGAAAUCCCUGCCUUGAUUUACCUAUUCAUAAUGUAGGAUGGGAAUUAACCCCGUCUGCCCUAAUUGCUGUAUUGACUAAUGAUGAUUCGAGGUUCCACAGCGCCCAAUCGCCCAUCUCUCCCCCCCCCCUUCUGACCAGAGGAAGAAUCCAUCAGGCAGAAGAAAUCAGUCAAUAUUCAUUAGUGUGUGUGGAGAUUGAGUGGCAGCGCUGCCCAACUCAGAAAUGCCCCAGGGGACGCACUGCCGAUAGACGCCAGGCUGCGCCUUCUCCUACUCUCGCUGGAUGUUUUUAUUCUCAUUUGUAAUUAAACAAGCAGUAGGAGGGGGGGCAAACUGGUUUAUUAAUGUGAUCGCCCACCUCGUGCCAUCUUUCAGUGUCUUAACGCGCCUGGAGAUGCGCGCCGUGUGCAUUUUAAAUCGAAACGUUGAGUUAUGUGUACCCAUCGCAGCCUUCACAGGGUUUAUAAAAAUACAAAAUACAAAUUUGAGAUUUUGUAAAAUAACCAUUGAGACAUAAUGGUCGCAGUUUAACAAACAGAAAGAGCAUUCUUUGAGGAGUCGAUAAAUCUGUUAUAAUUUAUUAAAGUAGUCGGGAAACCUUGCCAUCCCUCGUCUCGUUGGUUUCCGGUGUUCUCGACUGGUGAGAGUGACUGGACCUGCGGAUUUACAGAAUGUUAUCUUCAAGACUUCUGAGCUUAGUUGGAAGAAGAGUGCUUUCUACCUCUGUCUGUCUGCAAGGAUGUGAAUCGCUGGGAAAUGCCACUUCCAGAUAUUCCUUACACUGACAGUCUUACUGUUGAACAGAAAGCGCUAAAAGAAAAAGAGAAAGGCACAUGGGAAUCAUUGAGUGUCAAUGGGAAGCUAGAGUUGUACCGUAUAAAAUUCAAUGAGACUUGUGCUGAUAUGAACAAGGGAUCAAGCCAAUGGAAGACUAUCAUUGGAGGUACACUCAUCUUAAUUGGAUUAACUGGUUUUGUUGUAAUUUGUUUAUGGGGAUGUCCUGCACACUCUGUCCGAAGAACGGGUAGCUGCUCAGACAAAGAGGAUGUUGGACAUGAGAAUCGAUCCAGUAGAACGUUUCUCAUCCAAAUGGGACCAUGACCAGACUGAAUGGAACAAAUAGAAAACUCCAUCACUUGCCACUCCAGUUCCACAGACAAUAACCUGCCUGGUCCUUUCCUGACCUCAUACCUCAUUAUUUCUUCACUGGAAUGUAUCCUCCAACCGAAUAUAACCAAUAAAGUGCCAGUUUACUAAAUAAUAAUAAUAAUAAGUAGUCGGGAAAGCUUCCUGUCAAUGUAUCCAUAACCGAUGUUUGUGCCUCCAGUUAAUAAUCACUGAUAAAUACUAAACGAACACUAUAUUGUUAGGGGUAAAAAGCUGUGAUUCUACUGCUACAGUGUUCGCGUCUGCAUUUCGUCUAAGAUCCCCAAAUCUAAAUUAAAUAUGAAAAAAGGGUUUUGGUCACUUCCCCCCCACCCCCAACUCUGACGUCCAGUUCUUACAGCAACUCGAUCUGCCUUCUGUGACGUCACUCUGACUCUUCUUGUCCAAUCCAAUACUCACCAUAGAGGAGCAAUGGGAACGAAAAGUGCAUUUGCGGUCAGCACUGUCAGCGCUGCGCUCUUCCAAUCAAUUUAAGGUUAGUUAUGAAAGUUUUACUCAGUUCUCACAGUGGAAGCACCUCUAAUGGCUGUCAGGAAUACUGCAAUCUAAGCAUUACCGUAUCUACUAAACGCUAAUGUUUUGAAGAUUGUAUCUAAAAGACCACUAUAUCCAGACCGCUUCAUUGAGAUUACUUGGUCUGCAUGUUUUUAGCGAUCCUUUAAUAAUAAUCGAACAACCUCCAUUUAACUCCCCAAUAAAACUCCUCCCACAGCGCCGCGUUUAAUACUGAUUUUCUGUAUAUCCCUCUCCCGUUAUACUCAGGUAAUAUCGAGUACAGCUGCCCUGUGGUGAAUGACUGUGAAAUCACCAAGAGACGGAGGAAGUCCUGCCAGGCAUGUCGAUUCCGCAAGUGCUUGAAAGUUGGCAUGAUGAAGGAAGGUAAUUACUUUAUGGUACGGCAGUGCCCCUAUUACAAAACCUAGAAAGCUCUGCCAAUAGGCAAAACCCUCAAUAACCUAUGAUAAUCACCCGAUGGAAUGUCAAAUAAUAACCUGUGGCAGUAUUCUGGCUGCCAUGGUUACAGCGGCUCUAUGGUGGUAUUAGGCCUUGUAACUGUGCCGACUCUGACAGAAUAGUAGUGAUUUCAGGGACCUGUCUGCCAUCCAGGGUUUGUCCCCUGAUGUCCCUAGAUGUGUAAUGUAAGCGUAUCAUUAGACCCACUUGUGCAAUGCUAAUACGCUAGGACCAUGCAAUGAGCGCUGUACCAGUGCUCCCUUAAUGGGGGCAGCCAUCUUGAUUGGCUGUCAGCCUGGCAUGCGUUUAAGCAGACUGAAACAAUGAGAAUUCAGCUGGGAGAGAAACGGGUGUCAGGGGUAACUGUCCAUGGAUAACGGGAGAAGUAAAAUCCAUCCUAUGGCGUAUCGGGCACAGAUAGACUGUGUGCAGUGGGGACGGAGCCGAGAUAGACCUCCUUUAUGUCAGACACAGAUUUGUAUAUUUGGGGCCAAAGCUGCCCCGACAUGUUAUGAGUUAUGGACUGUGGUUCCCAUAAUAGUCAUAUAUUCUCCAUCGCCACGAGCUCUGAAUAUGGCACCGAAUGCUUCAGAUCACAAAAGUAAAAAAAUAAACAAAUCAGACGGCUUGACCUAUUGCAAUGUGUGAGCCUGGAGCUUUAUUCGGAAUAACCCCAUGUUAAUCAGCCCUGGCAGGUACUAAGUCUAGACCUCUCCCGAUCCAUGAACAAAUCAGGAAUAUCUGCAGAUGCUAAUUUGUUGGGGCUUUUAAAAAAUAAUAUUAAUAAUAAUAACUCACAACCCGGAACAAAUCAAUUUAAGAAAAUUAAGUCUCAUGUUUCUUGGUGGGACUUGCAGAUCAAACACAUUACAUUCUAAUAUUAUUCCUAGGGGUACGUCUGGAUCGAGUGCGAGGGGGGAGACAGAAGUACAGACGUCCGGUGGAAAUCGAGGCACCAGACCCCUGCGCUUAUCUCACCUCUCAUCACCCAUUCACAGGGAAGAAGACAGGUAGGUACAGGAUGGAUGGAAACAGGUUCUGUGCAGUGGAGCAAUGGGUCUGGGGCAGAGACAGCACAAAGAAAACUGAGAUUUGUAUGUCUCUGUACACAUCGAUGACAUGUAUGUUUCACUGACUGUCAUGUUGAGUGCAUGUUGUUGAACCUAUCAAUAGCCCACACAUUGUUUAUGUGGGACAGAGCUUGCAGAAUGUCUGCUCUCACACUCUAUGGUCUAAUCAUUCACAGCGAACAAAGUGGUGUCACACCUGGUUCUGGUGGAGCCUGAAGAAGUCUUCGCCACUCCUGACGGCAGUUUGCCCGACAGCAAUCUCAGCACUUUGACCACAAUGUGUGAACUCAUCAACCGUGAACUUCUGAUGACUAUUGGCUGGGCCAAACAUGUUCCAGGUACACAGCAAUCUAUUAAACCCAUCCUAGAUUCAAGCAUUUCAAACAGUACCUGUCUGUUCCAAAUAGCAUGACCUCCUUUGUCUGUGAACAAACCCAAAUUUCCAUUAUAACCAAUUCCCUUUAACUACCGUCUGCCAAAACCUAUCCUGUCUAAUUCCCUCGUUUGCCAUCAUCUAUCCAUAUGUUUCCCAGGAAUAAGCGUUUUUAUUUUAUUUUAACACAAUGUUCCCAAAUCUGUCUGUGGUCUAACUAUUUCUUAAUAUAUCACCAACUGCCAUUCUCUGGUACACCACCAACUGCUCAAACCUAUCUCAGAUCUACCCAUUCAUUAAUAUACCACCCACUGUCCAAACGUAUCCCAGAUCUAACCAUUCCUUAAUAUACCACCCACUGCCCAAACCUAUCCCAGAUCUAACCAUUCCUUAAUAUACCACAAACUGUCCAAACCUAUCCCAGAUAUAACCAUUCCUUAAUAUACCACCCACUGCCCAAACAUAUCCCAGAUCUAACCAUUCCUUAAUAUACCACCCACUGCCCAAACUUAUCUCAGAUCUAACCAUUCCUUAAUAUACCACCCACUGCCCAAACAUAUCCCAGAUCUAACCAUUCCUUAAUAUACCACCCACUGCCCAAACUUAUCUCAGAUCUAACCAUUCCUUAAUAUACCACCCACUGCCCAAACCAAUCCCAGAUCUAACCAUCCUUAAUAUACCACCCACUGCCCAAACCUAUCCCAGAUUAACCAUUCCUUAAUAUACCACCCACUGCCCAAACCUAUCCCAACCAUUCCUUAAUAUACCACCCACUGCCCAAACCUAUCCCUAACCAUUCCUUAAUAUACCACCCACUGCCCAAACCUAUCCCAGAUCUAACCAUUCCUUAAUAUACCACCCACUGCCCAAACCUAUCCCAGAUCUAACCAUUCCUUAAUAUACCACCCACUGCCCAAACCAAUCCCAGAUCUAACCAUCCUUAAUAUACCACCCACUGCCCAAACCUAUCCCAGAUCUAACCAUCCUUAAUAUACCACCCACUGUCCAAACCUAUCCCAGAUCUAACCAUUCCUUAAUAUACCACCCACUGCCAGGGCCGGAUUAACAUAGGGGCUGAUGGAGCUGCAGCUCCAGGCCCAGGCCCAUGGAAUAGGCCCAUUUAAAAAAAAAAAAAAAUGUUUGUUUUUUUUACACACUACUCUUGGGUUUGCCAUCUGACUGGUAUUUUACCAGCACAGACGGUAUUUGGGGCUGCCUGGCCAUGCCGGUAUUGCAGUAAUACCGGAAAUACAAAUGCAGAUAUUUUUCUCGGUAUAAAUGGAGAUUACUCUGCAAUACCUGUACCAGCCAGUAGGGAUCACUGUAUAUGGAGAGAGGCAGGGACAGGAAGUUACAGCAUAUCCCUCCCUGCCUCUCUCUACUCACUGAUCCACAGGGGAGCAGCUACACAGCACAGAGAGGCCAGACAGCAGCUCCCAGUCUGCAGACAGACAACAGCUCAGGAUAGUGAAGGAUGGGAGGGAAAGGCAGCAGGGAAACAUGGGGACACUGAGACACUAGGGAACACUGUGAGACAUAGGGGCUUUGAGAGACACUAGGAACACAGUGUCUCCAUGUCUCCCAGUGUCACCAUGUCUCCCAGCCAAUGUCCCUAGUGUCUCAGUGUCCCCACAGCUCCCAGUGUCCCCUAGUCCCCCAGUGUCUGUGUCCCCAUGUCUCUCAGUGUCCCUAGAUUCUCGUUGUCCCCAUGUGUCCCAAUGUCCCCAAAUAUCUGUCUCCCAGUGUCCACAUGUCUCCCAGCCAGUGUCCCUAGUGUCUCAGUGUCCCCACGUCUCCCAAUGUCCCUAAAUCUCCCAGCCAGUGUCCCUAGUGUCUCAGUAUCCCCAUGUCUCCCAGUGUCCCCAAAUAUCUUUCUCCCAGUGUCCAUAUGUCUCCCAGCCAGUGUCCCUAGUGUCUCAGUGUCCCCAUGUUUCCCAGUGACCCCAAAUUUUUCAGUGUCCCCAUGUCUCCCAGUGUCUCCAUGUCUGGGUCCACAAGUGCCCCCAUGUCUCACAGUGUCCCCAAGUGUCUCAGUGUCCCCAUGCCUCCCAGCCAUGUCUCCCAGUGUCCCCUAGUCUCCCAGUGUCUGUGUCCCCAUGUCUCCCAGUGCCCCCAUGUCUGUGUCCACAAGUGCCCCCAUGUCUCCCAUUGUCCCCAAGUGUCUCAAUGUCCCCAAGUGUCUCAAUGUCCCCAAGUGUCUCAGUGUCCCCAAGUGUCCGUGUCCCCUGGUGUCUCAGUGUCCCCAUGUCUCACUGUGUGCACAUGUCUCACUGUGUCUACAUGUCUCUCAGUGUCCCCUAGUACACUAGUGACAAGGGAAACACUGAGACAUGGGGACACAGGGAGAAAUGAGGACACUGAGACACUGGAAGACUAGGGGACUCGGCGUCCAAUUCUUUGGACAGACAUGCCCCCUUUUUGGGCAUGUUCACCCCCUUUUGGCAGUUCUGGUCACGUGAUUCGCAUCAGUGGCCCACCCUUUUACCCUGCCCAUUGACACUGGACACUGCUGUUAGGGGUUAUGGAUUUACUUGAAAGAUGAAAGCAUAAAUUAGAGAGAGAUUAGCAUAGAGUAUGUGUAUUCUUAUAGCUGCAUCCUUUGAGUUUCCCUUCAACACCAUCUCCAUCAGAUGCAUGACGCUUGGGAGGUAUGACUGUUUUAGUGUUUUUGGUCGAAUCUGUAAUUAGGUCCCAUCAUAAUUGUCAGCACCAGGCCCACUGGGCUCUUAAUCUGGCCCUGAUUAAGGAUGGUUAGAUCUGGGAUAGGUUUGGGCAGUGGGUGGUAUAUUAAGGAAUGGUUAGAUCUGGGAUAGGUUUGGGCAGUGGGUGGUAGAUUAAGGAAUGGUUAGAUCUGGGAUAGGUUUGGGCAGUGGGUGGUAGAUUAAGGAAUGGUUAGAUCUGGGAUAGGUUUGGGCAGUGGGCAGAGCCAGAUUAAGAGCCCAGUGGGCCUGGUGCUGACAAUUAUGAUGGGACCUAAUUACAGAAUCCUAUCGACCAAAAACACUAAAACAGUCAUACCUCCCAAGCGUCAUGCAUCUGAUGGAGAUGGUGUUGGAGGGAAACUCAAAGGAUGCAGCUAUAAGAAUACACAUACUCUAUGCUAAUCUCUCUCUAAUUUAUGCUUUCAUCUUUCAAGUAAAUCCAUACCCCCUAACAGCAGUGUCUAGUGUCAAUGGGCAGGGUAAAAGGGUGGGCCACUGAUGCGAAUCACGUGACCAGAACUGCCAAAAGGGGGUGAACAUGCCCAAAAAGGGGGCAUGUCUGUCCAAAGACACAGACAUGGGAGACUAGGGGACACUGGGAGACAUGGCUGGGAGGCAUGGGGACACUGAGACACUUGGGGACACUGUGAGACAUGGGGGCACUUGUGGACCCAGACAUGGAGACACUGGGAGACAUGGGGACACUGAAAAAUUUGGGGGCACUGGGAAACAUGGGGACACUGAGACACUAGGGACACUGGCUGGGAGACAUAUGGACACUGGGAGAAAGAUAUUUGGGGACACUGGGAGACAUGGGGACAUCCUUCACUAUCCUGAGCUGUUGUCUGUCUGCAGACUGGGAGCUGCUGUCUGGCCUCUCUGUGCUGUGUAGCUGCUCCCCUGCGGAUCAGUGAGUAGAGAGAGGCAGGGAGGGAUAUGCUGUAACUUCCUGUCCCUGCCUCUCUCCAUACACAGUGACCCCUACUGGCUGGUACAGGUAUUGCAGAGUAAUCUCCAUUUAUACAGAGAAAAAUAUCUGCAUUUGUAUUUCCGGUAUUACUGCAAUACCGGCAUGGCCAGGCAGCCCCAAAUACCGUCUGUGCUGGUAAAAUACCAGUCAGAUGGCAAACCCAAGAGUAGUGUGUAAAAAAAAACAAAAACAUUUUUUUUUUUUUUAAAUGGGCCUAUUCCAUGGGCCUGGAGCUGCAGCUCCAUCAGCCCCUAUGUUAAUCCGGCCCUGUCCUUAAUAUACCACCCACUGCCCAAACCUAUCCCAUAUCAAACUAUAAAUUUGGGCAGUUGGUGGUACAGCGGCUGGAGACAGCCUGGACUUUACGUGGAUUUUAUAAUAAAUUGCACUUAAUUUAAGUGAAAGCUUGGAUCUAAAUAUUUGUUUAAAAAUAGCACAGUCAUGUGACUGGUAGUAUCUGGGCCAGACAUACCCAGGCAGGCAGUUUUUGGUAUGGCUACUGCACCUGUUUCGUGGAAGACAUGCUAAAAGCCCACCAUUACAGCUAAGAUUAGGCUGAAAAAUAAAUCAUAUUUGUUUAAAAUAAACGCAUUCUGCCAUUCAGCUCUCUGGAAAUGUGUGGAUGCAUCAUGGCUUAUGUGAGCGCUAUAUGACGCCCUUCUAAGUAUAAUGUGUGACAUGACGGGAAACGGAGAGAGUCAGACAGACAGGUGAAGGACACACUAGACAGACAGGUGAAGGACACACUCGACAGACAGGUGAAGGACACACUCGACAGACAGGGGAAGGACACAUUAGACAGACAGAUGAAGGACACACUAGACAGACAGGCAGGUGAAGGACACACUCGACAGACAGGGGAAGGACACAUUAGACAGACAGAUGAAGGACACACUAGACAGACAGGCGAAGGACACAUUAGACAGACAGGUGAAGGUGGCUAAGGAUAAUAGGGCUGUAUUAUUUAGAAGGUGCCUGAGGAUGAUAGGGCUGUAUUAUUUAGAAGGCGGCAGAGGAUGAUAGGGCUGUAUUAUUUAGAAGGCGGCUGAGGAUGAUAGAGCUGUAUUAUUUAGAAGGCGGCUGAGGAUGAUAGAGCUGUAUUAUUUAGAAGGCGGCUGAAGAUGAUAGGGCUGUAUUAUUUAGAAGGCGGCUGAGGAUGAUAGGGCUGUAUUAUUUAGAAGACGGCUGAGGAUGAUAGGGCUGUAUCAUUUGGGUUUAUAACUGUAUAUUAUAUUUAUAUACAAUGCAGUUUGUCUCUCUUCCUCCCUGUAAGUGAGCAUUUGUCCAGUGAUUCUCCUCCCGGCUGCUCUCCCCGAUGUUAUCACACUUGCCAUCUAUUGAGUGGCUCGGAGAGGCGCAGAUUACCAUCUCCCAAUUAAUGGCAUUCCAGGUCUCUCAGCAUUGCGCUACACAAAUGACACGGCAGACCCCGUCAACAAGGACAGCGGCCCCCUUCCCCCACCCUGAUAACAAUCUCCAAUAUUUCCCAAUUAAGUGAGGACCACUCAAUAAAAUAAAGAAACAAUUGUGUUGAGAGGGUUUGAAAGAGUUCGGUAAUGGCAGGGGACCGCACAAAGAACCGAAACGGAAAGAAAUGACAGCGUCUGCGAGGGGGUGACGGGGACAGAACAAAACAUGAAGGUUGCAUUAUUCCCAGGAAAAGACACGAAACCAGAAAACAUUUCCCAAAACUAUGAUAAAUUAAUAUAUCCUUCGAAAUAAUCUCCGUAGCCAUUCCAUAAGCAUAACCCCUCCCAUUACACCACAUAACUCCUCCUAUUACUCCAUAUAACCCCUCCCAUUACUCCCUAUAACCCUCCCUAUAACUCCUCCUAUUACUCCAUAUAACCUUCCUAUAACCCCUCCUAUUACUCCAUAUAACCUCCCUAUAACCCCUCCUAUUACUCUAUAUAACCUUUCCUACAACUCCUCCUAUUACUCCAUAUAACCCUCCCUAUAACUCCUCUGUUCUCAUAUAGCCUCCCUAUAGCUCCUCCCUAUUGCUCCUAUUCACCCUCCCUAUAACCCCUCCUAUUGCUGCUCCAUAUAGCCCUCCUAUGGCCUCCUCCCUAUUCUCCAUAUAUUCCUCCUAUAACUCCCUCCUAUUACUCCGGUAUAACCCUCCCUAUAACUCCUCUUGUUACUCCAUGGCUUUCAUCCUGUUGCUUCAUGUAACCCUCCCUAUGGCCUCUCAGUACUCCCAUAUAACCCUCGCGGCUCCUCCUAUUACUCCAUAUAACCCUCCCUAUAACCCCUCCUAUUACUCCAUAUAACCCUCCCUAUAGCUCCUCCUAUUACUCCAUAUAACCCUCCCUAUAACUCCUCCUGUUACUCCAUAUAACCCUCCCUAUAACCCCUCCUAUUACUCAAUAUAACCCUCUCUAUAACUCCUCCUAUUACUCCAUAUAACCCUCCUAUGGCUCUCACAAGCCUUCAUGCCGCCUCCAUCCCUAUUACUCCAUAUAACCCUCCCUAUAACUCCUCCUAUUACUUCAUAUAACCUCCCUAUAACUCCUCCUAUUACCCCAUAUAACCCUCUCUAUAACUCCUCCUAUUACUCCAUAUAACUCUCCCUAUAACUCCCCCUAUUACUCCAUAUAAUCCUCCCUAUAACUCCUCCUAUUACUCCAUAUAACCUCCCUAUAACCCCUCCUAUUACUCCAUAUAACCCUCCCUAUAACUCCUCCUAUUACUCCAUAUAACCCUCCCUAUAACCCCUCCCAUUGCUCCAUAUAACCUCUCCCUAUAACUCCUCCUAUUACUCCAUAUAACUCUCUCUAUAACCCCUCCCAUUGCGCCAUGUAUGUGCUCACUAUAGAUCAUAUUGUAGUAUGACUGAUGUCUAUCCUGUGUUUCUCGAUGUUUGUUGCGAUUAGGUUUCUCCAUACUCUCGCUUGUCGAUCAGAUGGCCCUGUUACAGAGUGCGUGGAUGGAGAUCCUGGUUUUGGGCAUUGUGUACCGGUCUCUGCCGUUGAACGAGGAGCUUGCGAUGGCAGAGAACUUUGUGUUGUGCCGGGAGCAAUGUCGAUGCUCUGGGCUGCUCCACCUUCACACUGUGCUGCUUCAGCUGGUCAGGAAAUACCGCAAGACGAAGUUAGACAAGGAGGAAUUUGUCACGUUGAAAGCAAUGGCUCUGGCAAACUCAGGUAUUUUUCAAUAUACAUAGAAACGUACAAAUUGGCCGAAUAAAAUGAUUCUCCUGACCUCCCUCCUCAUCUCAUCCUUCUGUCUUCCUCUUGAUUAUGCCAGCUCCCCUACAUAUAUACAGUCGAUAUCAAUAUAGGACGCAGUAAUAUUUACACAGAUCACCCAAAACAUGCAUCCCGUUACAGUCUCUCUAGGCAAUAAAAGCACUAAUGGGUGACCCUCACUCUCCAACGUGACAUCUUCCAAUUGGUAUCAUAUCUCUUUCUUCUUUCUACGAGACUCGAGCCGUUAAAUGUCCUCCACUGACAGCUGUCAUCAGCUCUUACUCUUACAAAUAGAUGGCUCAGGCUUAUCGACGACCGUCUCUCAGAGUCGGGCCCAGCAGAUCAAUAAUGUCCUGUGGUGUUUUGUGUGUGGGAUAGAUCGGAACAAAAGGGUGUAAGGGGGUGGGGGGCGGAAGACGAGUUAGCAAAUGCUUUGAAAGCCUCCGGCGAUCCAUAACCCAAAUGGAUUUGCUUAAUUUAGAUUUGUGCUUUUUUGGGCCUUACAUUUUCCCUGCAAGAAAUUAAAUAAUUCCCCUUUCUGAUAGGAUGUUCCACCAGUGAUAAAAAAAGUUAUCAGAUAAUACGUGGACACCUUCUACAGACAUACAAUGCGUGCUCCCUGGAUUAUCUACAAAAGAAGAUAAAACCAAGUACAAUAAAUAUAUAAAUAUAAAACAUAGAUCAUCUUACUUGGUGUAGAUUUACAGAGUAUUGGUGAUAUAUUAUUUACUUACAUUUCGUUUAUUUUAUAAACUGGCCACACAGGAGAAUACACGAGAAAAACGAAAGUUUGCACCAAAACAUCCAAUUGAAAAAUCCCAAACUUUAGUUAUUUUAGCCUAAAACGUGCAAUUCUCUUGUUAAUUCUUCACAAUUUACUAUUUAACAAAUAACCUCCAAUUAUAAAUAUCCUUUAAUAUAAAUUAAUGUGGAGACCAGGUGUAAGAGAAACCAGACGUCUCCUUUUUGAGGGGCCGCACUCCCUUUUUUUGAAACGUGUGUUAUUCUGACAGGACCUGGGCGUUAUAACAUUCCUAUUUUUAUUAUAUAACCUUCCUAUACAAUCCAUGUUUUCUAUUUGCACAACAAAACAAAUGUAUAAUUUUGUAUAAAACUUUUUUUAUAAUACAUUACUACAGAGGUGUAGAUGAAAAACUUCUCUAAGAGUUUUUUACUCAGAUUAUUUCAGAUUUGUGAGUGUGUAUUUGGUUACUGUCUGGCGUUACUCAAUGUAAUGUGCUUCAUCGUGAUAUUUUAAUCGGGGGCCAUUUUAAACAUGUCAUGGCGGAGUUUCUAGAGAUUUUUUUUUUCCUCAGGGGUUUUCUGUCUGUUUAGUCCGUCCUACGUCUUAACGAACAAGUGAUUACUGGCUUAACAAUUAGAAGACGGAUUCCCUCAUAAUUACAUAAUCCAUCAGGCAUAUUGAUUGCUGAAUUUCCAAUACAGCUUUCUUUAAAUCAGCAAGUUUCCUCGUUUAACCCUUCUCUGUGGUUUGCGAAUAGCCGUUUAUUUUUGAGCGGGAUGGCACAAGAAGGGUUAAAUAUGAUCGCUCAUAGGGAAGAACAACAGAGAAACGGGAGUUAGAGAGAAAAAGAUUGUGAAUAUAGAAAGAAAAACAAAUACUUAUAUUUGGUAACCGUGAGUCUUGAAAUUAAUGGUAUAUAGAGCCUAAGAUAGCAGGCUCUAGCUGUAACCACUUUUGAAAAAUCAGCUUUUUCAGGCUCUACACACGAUCUUCCUGAUGUAUCUGUUGUCCUCUCCCCAAUGCUUAAAGGAUGGAUGCCAAGCAAGGAUAAAUGAGGAUAAAAAGUAUUUUACUCCAAAAAACUGAUAAUCUUAAAAAGAGCCGCGGUACAUAAAAUAACACAUAAAAAGCACUAACGCGUUUCGACUAUCAGUGUUUAUCAAAGUGCAUGAACUCAGCUUCUCCCGGCGUGUUUUUAAAUUCAUCUUUCCGGAAGUUCAAUUUCCGGCCCGGUGUUCUUCCCCGUAGUAGUUCCGUAUUCUGACGUCAUGACGCAUAUACCGUCCUUGCGUCAUUUCCUCUAUGUGCAAUUAUAAUAUUCCGGAACAGCUCGAAGGGCACCAUUUUAGUUAUGGGCGAAUAGUCCAUAAUUUUAAAAAAGCAACAAUAAUAGAAAAAGUAUAUAUAUUAAUACACAGGAACUGAAAAAAGAAGCAUUGAUAAUGAAUAAAGAAGCAUUGAUAAUCAGGCAAACAAUAACAUCAAUAUAAUAUAUAAUUCGUUGUCCGAAUUAUUAUAUGGCUUAGUAGCCCUCAUGAUAUAUUGACGUUAUUGUUUGCCUGAUUAUCAAUGCUUCUUUAUUCAUUAUCAAUGCUUCUUUUUUCAGUUCCUGUGUAUUAAUAUAUAUACUUUUCUAUUAUUGUUGCUUUUUUAAAAUUAUGGACUAUUCGCCCAUAACUAAAAUGGUGCCCUUCGAGCUGUUCCGGAAUAUUAUAAUUGCACAUAGAGGAAAGGAUGCAAGGACGGUAUAUGCGUCAUGAUGUCAGAAUACGGAACUACUACAGGGAAGAACACCGGGCCGGAAAUUGAACUUCCGGAAAGAUGAAUUUAAAAACACGCCGGGAGAAGCUGAGUUCAUGCACUUUGAUAAACACUGAUAGUCGAAACGCGUUAGUGCUUUUUAUGUGUUAUUUUAUGUACCGCGGCUCUUUUUAAGAUUAUCAGUUUUUUGGAGUAAAAUACUUUUUAUCCUCAUUUAUCCUUGCUUGGCAUCCGUCCAUUAAGCAUUGGGGAGAGGACAACAGAUACAUCAGGAAGAUCGUGUGUAUAGCCUGAAAAAGCUGAUUUUUCAAAAGUGAUUACAGCUAGAGCCUGCUAUCUUAGGCUCUAUAUACCAUUAAUUUCAAGACUCACGGUUACCAAAUAUAAGUAUUUAUUUGUUUUUCUCUCACUUACACCCCCCACAUUGUGUAUUGUAGUUUUACUUUCAGUUAGUGUCUUUGAGUGAUUUUGAGACACUGGGGGUUGUUGUCUGUUCUGUACUUUCUAGCGCCAAUCCACCAAUAUUUUUCUCCUUUGAGGUGAAAAAAAAAGUUUAUUUUGUACAUAGAAAAUAGAAACACUCUUUCAACAAGUGAAAUUCAGAUGGCUUUGCUCUUAAAGGACCACUCUAGGCACCCAGACCACUUCAGCUUAAUGAAGUGGUCUGGGUGCAAGGUCCAGCUAGGGUUAACCCAUUUUUUUCAUAAACGUAGCAGUUUCAGAGAAACUGCUAUGUUUAUGAAUGGGUUAAGCCUUCCCCCAUUCCCUCUAGCGGCUGUCUCAUUGACAGCCGCUAGAGGCGUUUGCGUGCUUCUCACUGUGAAAAUCACAGUGAGAAGACGCCAGCGUCCAUAGGAAAGCAUUCAGCUGAAGAGGAGGAGCGGAGGCGGAGAGGAGGAGAGCUCCCCGCCCGGCGCUGGAAAAAAGGUAAGUUUUUUAACCCAUUUCCUUGCCAUCCAGCCCGGCGGGAGGGGGUCCCUGAGGGUGGGGCCACCCUCAGGGCACUAUAAUGCCAGGAAAACAAGUAUGUUUUCCUGGCACUAUAGUGGUCCUUUAAGUUUGCAAUUUCAUAUUUCAGUCAACCUACAGAUUUACAGUUUAUUAAAUGAACCCCUGUGUGCAAUUUGCACAGAUAUAUUAUUUAUAUAGAACUAACUUAUUCUGCAGGACUUAACAAUAAAAUAAUGGGAAGAAUUUAACAACUAAUGAGACUAUUACAGUAAGAAUAAUGAGAAACCUGUUCCAAAGAGCUUGCAAUCUAUAUAUGGAAAGUGCCGCUCCGGAUAUUUCUCUCUCAUAUUGUCAAAGUGCGUUCUCUUCAAUGGACAAUAUGGCGUUUUACAUUGCCCAUUAACAGACGGGGCUGACUUAAUAAAUAAACCCGGGGGGAAAAUUAGGAAAAUAUCACUGGAAGGAGGAGAGGCAAUGCAAUCACAUUACUGGGGAAAUUCUAGGGUGGCAAACUCACCAAUAUUGUGCGUGCGUGCGUGCGUUCCUAUGAACUCUCUAUUUUGUCAGACGGAGCUUCCAAUGGGGAAUCAGUUAACUAACUACAUUUGGGAUAUUAUGUGAACAUAACAAAACAAAGGAGAAAGGGCGUAAAAACUUCUGAUCACGUUCUGUUAAAAGCUGAAUAUUAUAUUUUUUUUUCUUGAAGGAACACUGUGUCAGGAAUACAAACAUGUAUUGCUGACACUAUAGCGCUAAGAUGGCUGUUUAGGUCCCCGUCCCUCUUGUCAGAAGCUUCAAAGGUGAGUUUAUUUACUUUUUAACAGGGCCGCUCGAGUCUGGUUGCAGCUGACUCCGCUACCAGCUCUGCCCACUUGGAUCAUCAAACUUGAUACCAAAAUGCAGCCCCGACCAAUCAGAAUCUCCGCAUACAGAUAAAUUGAAUCAAUGAAUCUUUAUGAGGCACCUCUAGCAGCCAUAGGAGGAGUGGCCGGUAAAUGUAUCACUAGGCUGUAAUGUGAACAAUGCAUUAUCUCUGAAACAAACAGUGUUUAAUGAAAAAAGCCUGAAGGGACCGAUUAUACUCACCAGAACAGAUACAAUAAGCUGUAGUUGUUCUGGUAACUAAAGUGGCCCUUUAUUCAAAAUAACUACAAGAGGGAUAAAAGAAUCCUUGACAUGGUAUGAAUCACACAUACGUCUGUGCAGCACUGUCAGACCCUACCUGGCGGAGCGCAGAAUUCACUGUGUUCCCCGGUAUAGUUUUAUUAUAACUCUUUCAAGAUGAGAAUCUGUUUUUAGGCAAGAGGAAUCCAAAGAGCUUGAUAUUAAAUUCCUGUCCAGAACUGGCGAGGGCCAUAAAGCAGCGUGGACAUUCUCCCCAAAUCAUCACCAAUUCUCAAUUGAUGGUUCUACCUGAAAGAUUUAUUUAACUGCUUAGUGGAUUGCACAUACAUCACAAAAUCAAUAAUUUAAAUCCAUGGGGGGCAUAGGAGGUGAGAAAAGGUAUGGAGGAGGAAUGGGAGGGGUAACAUAGUAAGUGCAAAAGAACUAGGUUUAUCGAAUCGUGAGAAAAGAAGUCCUCAAUCCGGCCACGUCCGUUGAUCAAGCGGAUUUCAACACCUUCAGCCGCACGGGAACAUUUUACACAAAUUCAUUAUUUUCUUAAAGCUAUUUUUAGGUCACAGAUGCAGAACUAAACAGAAAGGAAGGAAAGCAUAAAAAUAAAACACAUCCAUCCUGUAAAAAACAUCAAGAAAGUUCCAUUUGUCUAAGAGGUUUCCAAGAGAUGUCCUGUCUGUUUCUUUUAUGGUCCUGCUGAAAAUAUUAUAAGUGAAACUGAAACGUUGACAAUUAACAGUACGUUUUAAUUUUUGAAAAAUAAGUCCCAGUAGGGCUGUUUUUUGUGUGAAAUAUAUAUUAUACACAUACUGUAAAAAAAAUAAAAAAAUGUAAAAAAAAAUAUCGAUACAGCCACAUUUCUAUGAGAAACAUUUCCAAGUGUUCUCCUGUCUAUUUCCAGAUUCCACAAACAUCGAGAAUUUGGAAGAUGUUCUAAACUUACAGGACCGUCUGCAUGAGGCGUUGCAAGACUACGAGAGCGAGCACCAUUCAGAGGACCCUCACCGUUCCGGCAAACUUCUCAUGACCCUUCCUCUUCUUCGCCAGACCGCCAACGAGGCGGUGCGCACUUUCUGCCAGAUCCGUUUGGAGGGGAGGAUCCCAAUGCACAAACUCUUGCUGGAAAUGCUGGAGGCCAAGAUUUGACUACAUACCGUAUACCAUCAUUUAUUUACUAGCUAAACCGAAAUGGAAACAAAACAAGCAGAAACAGACAAGAUCCCACUGGGAGCAGUCUGAGCACAGGAUAGUGUGCGCUCAACACAGAGUAACAGAACACUUGGAUAUGGUAACUUAUAAAGGUCCGGAGCCUCUCAGUGGUCAAGAUCAAGGUCGGAGUUAUUUUGAAGAGAAAUGCUGGAGUAUGGCUUAACACAGACUUGGCUUGUAAAUAGACUUUUUAAGCCAAGGAGUCAUGGUUUUUAGGUUUAGUUAGGCUCCAGCUGGUGCUAAAAUACUUCCCAUACAUUGUGCUACCGCCUUUCCGCUUUACAUUAUCAUUUUAUGGGCGUCUGUCAGUGUGAGCUGCAGUUACGUUGCCCCUAACGCCGUCCUAUAGGCUGACGUUGUCCGCAAGGCUGUAACCUGUAUAAUGUCACACAAUAAAGAGACAGCAGUCUUCAUGUUGGCCUCUACUGCAGCUCUGAACUAUGCAUUUUUUUUAAAAGUGUCUCCAAUUAAUAUGGGAUGGGACCUCCAGCUGUCCGUCUUUAGGCAGUCCAAGGACGAGGGCAGUGGGAGUUGGAAUCCAAUAGUAGAAGGUUCAAGGCUGCCCUAACCCGCUACAUUGUGAAAUGUAGC